CACUUCCUGUUUUUAAUGACUUCAUUUCCAGGCGUCGAUACUGGCAGAGGUGAAAGACACAAACACAGAGAGAGCUUCGGUCUGAGCUGAAAUUCGCGUUUACUUCACCGAAAAUCUGCUUUUUCUCAGUCAACACGAUCGUCGGACACCACCGCGGAGGGAUUCAGAUUUAAAAACCCGAAACACAAAGUAAACAAAGCUCAUCUUUAACGUCACUCACAAGAAGUGAAACAGAAUUCCGACUGAAACUCGCUUAAUUCCGUCAGCAUCUGCAUAUUUAUUAAACCUCACUACACACCGCGUAGCAUUAUUAAUCAGGAAUGUUUAUAUUUUAAGAUAAUUAUUUAUAAUAUAUGGUAUAAUAGCAGCCGUUUGUAUUAAAAGUUACACGAUCGAGACUAUAACAAAAGCUCCAUCUUAGUACCGUCAGAUCUUAAUAAUACUUGUUUUUAAUUGAUUGUAAUGGCCGUGGGUCGUUCAGAAACUCUACACAAGCCUCGUCUAUGAGCGGUGGAGCUCCGGCAGGUGUUUUUAAUGGGAGGCCGGUUGAUCUGCUCUGAGAUCAGUGGGCGAAUCUUGCACCGAUGGCGGAGGUACCGGUACCGGCUCUGGCCCGGUUGGAGUCCCUGGCCCGGUAUGUGCACAAAGCGGCCGGUGAAGGCAGAGUCCUGACCCUGGCCGCCCUGCUCCUGAACCACUCCACCGUGCAGACUCGGUAUCUUCUGGAGUUCGUGACCCAGCUGGCUGGACAGAGAUCCACACCGCUUAUCAUCGCCGCCCGGAACGGACACGACAAGGUGGUGCGGCUGCUGCUGGAUCACUAUAAGGUGGACACGGAACAAACCGGGACUGUCAGAUUUGACGGGUAUAUUAUCGAUGGUGCCACGGCUCUUUGGUGUGCAGCUGGCGCUGGUCAUUUCGAGGUGGUGCGUUUGCUGGUUUCCCACAAUGCCAAUGUGAACCACACCACCCUCACCAACUCCACUCCGCUCAGAGCCGCGUGCUUCGACGGCCGGCUGGACAUCGUGCGCUACCUAGUGGAGCACAAGGCCGACAUCAGCAUCGCCAACAAAUACGGAAACACUUGCUUGAUGAUCGCCGCCUACAAAGGGCACACUGACGUUGUUUACUUCCUUCUGGAGCGAAGAGCUGAUCCCAACUCCACAGCUCACUGCGGAGCCACCGCGCUACAUUUCGCCGCCGAAGCCGGACAUUUGGAGAUUGUGAAGGAGUUAGUACGAUGCCAAGCGGCGAUGGUGGUGAAUGGACAUGGCAUGACGCCAUUAAAAGUGGCCGCCGAGAGUUGCAAGGCUGACGUUGUAGAGCUGCUGUUAUCCCAUCCAGACUGUGACGUACAAAGUCGCAUUGAAGCAUUGGAACUACUUGGAGCGUCUUUCGCUAAUGAUCGAGAAAAUUACGACAUUCUUAAAACUUACCACUACUUGUAUUUAGCAAUGCUGGAACGGUUUCGGGAUCCCGACAGAGCUAUCUCUAAAGAGCUGCCGUCUCCUGUUGAAGCGUACGGUGGACGAUCUGAAUGUCGGAAUUUACAACAACUGGAGGCCAUUCGACACGAUCGGGACGCACUUCACAUGGAAGGACUUAUGAUUCGCGAACGAAUUCUGGGUGCGGAUAAUAUUGAUGUGUCACAUCCCAUAAUAUACAGAGGCGCAGUUUAUGCUGACAACAUGGAGUUUGAGCAGUGCAUCAAACUUUGGCUGCACGCCUUGCAACUACGCCAACAAGGAAACCGCAACACGCAUAAGGAUCUCUUACGAUUUGCGCAAGUGUUCUCGCAGAUGGUUCACUUAAAAGAGCCGGUCAUUGCGUCAGACGUUGAACAUGUUUUACGCGCCAGCGUACUAGAAAUCCGACGUAGCAUGGCGCGUCUACAAACCACCACAGAAGUGGAAUUACCGGCAGCCACCGAUAAUUACGAAUCCAACGUGUUCACAUUUCUCUAUUUAGUUUGCAUUUCUACGAAAACGCAAUGUGGCGAAGAGCAGCGAGAGCGCAUAAACAAGCACAUCUACGAUUUAAUACGCCUAGAUCCUCGCUCCAGAGAGGGAUCAUCACUUUUGCACCUAGCGGCUAGCUCUAGUACACCUGUCGACGACUUCCAUACUAACGAUGUUUGCAGUUUUCCCAAUGCGCAAGUGACUAAGCUGCUCAUAGACUGCGGCGCUCAAGUGAACGCAGUCGACCAUGAAGGAAACAGUCCACUACACCUCAUAGUACAGUACAACCGCCCCAUCAGCGACUUUUUAACCCUCCACGCCAUCAUUAUUAGCCUCGUGGAGGCUGGCGCCCACACCGACAUGACCAACAAGCAGAAGAAGACGCCGCUGGAUAAGAGCACAACAGGCGUUUCUGAAAUCCUCCUGAAAACGCAGAUGAAGAUGAGUCUGAAGUGCUUGGCGGCGCGCGCCGUGCAGCAACAUCAAAUCCUGUAUCGAGACCAGAUUCCCAAAAGCCUGGAGGAGUUCGUUGAAUUUCAUUGAACCGUGUUUUCCGCUCAGAUCUGGCUUUUGGGGUUUGUUUUAACUUGGUGCUGAGGACUUUCAUUUUGACCUUGUUUACGUAAAUAAUGUUCCGACUGCUGCAUUUUUAGCGACUAGAGUUUCUAGUUUCAUCCUCAUAGUUUUUUUUCGUUUUUAACAAAUCUAAGAGGACGUCGAUGCUGAUGGACUCUUAUUUCUUGUUUUGGCGAACAGCAUUUUAUUGUUUAGUUCUGACGAUUUGAGCAGCGUUUUUAUUUUUAAACAAGCUGCUCUUUUGUCAGUUUCUUCGUUUCUUAACAUAUUUUAUAAAAGGUUUAUUUAAAACAGAGUUUAUUUUAUGAGGAAUCAGUGGGCGAGUGUUGAUGUCCUAAAGCUGAACUCCGUGCCAGAUUUCUUUUAUUUGAAUAUUAAAAUGUGCCUGUACCCAGAGGUUGGACGUUUAUAAUUAUUAUUAUUGGUGUUUUUAUUAACAUGACGCCACUGUAAAGCCAAUUAGAGAGUCUGUGAUUCAGACUCGAUCAUGUGCUGGAGCUCUAUUGGAGUCACGGGGCCUUACUGUUCUGGAUGGUGCUGUUGUGUGUGUGUGUGUGUGUGUGAGUGAGAGAGCAGCAUGUCUUCCUGCUUUUGGCUCCGUUUGUGUGUGUGUGUUUGAGUGCAUGUCUGAGUACAAUUGGCCAAAUUUGAAUGUGGAGUUUUUUAAACGAUGUAUAUUUGCACCAUUAUUAAUUCCUAAAUUACUGGAGGUUACUGUGUGUGUUUUUAUUUCUGAACCAAAUCAAACAAGAUUAAAAACAUUGAUCCGUGA